AUGAGGAACAGCCAGCCAGCCAGUCUGCCACAUUUUUUACUAACAGCGACAGAAAAUAGGACAGUCUCCACUACAUACACCAAAAUGCUUCCAUCUUUACCUACAGUUAGUCAAAAAGGGGCGUCUCCAAGAGGAGAUGUUGUCCCUAGCAUUCUGGGCGUGCCUGGAAUGCCCCAGAAUCCACUUUUGGCCCAAAACCAACCGGCUAGAGAAAGAGCACUUUCACAAGUUAAUGUAGCAGCCCAGGGUUUAAAUGUGUUGUAUAGUCAACUCAAACUUCAGUGGGAUCGUUUAAAGGGGUCAGUGGAGACACUCCUUAACGAUCUUGGAUUUGUUCUACCAAGGUAUUUCGAAGUAACUGGUCAACGUGAAAAGGCAUCGAGUAUACCAUCUGUCGAAGAUGUCAUCAAGUCAUUUCAACUUUACGGAAAUACUUUAAACUUGGUUGGACGACCGUUACAACAGUUUGUAACAUUAUUAAAUUCGUCAAAAUCUAUUUUGCCGCAUGUAAAGCAAAUCAAAGAUGUCGAAAUCCAGUUCAACUUUAAAAAACCUCUGACUGACAGCUUAAAACAUAUUGAGGAUUUUGCAGAAGGUAAAAAGGCACAUGAUAAAACUCACCCAGAAGUUUUAAACCUGACCAAGGAUUUAAAGUCAGUGAGAACCAUAUACCUACCCCUAAUCAGCACGCUGCCGUUUCUGUUUGAUAAUAUCAAGAUGCUACAAGAAAAUCUGCAGAUUGAGUUGUCGUCUAUGGGGAGAAGGAACGUUCAAGGUGAUGAUUUACUCAGUGUCCCGAUAAUGCUACAGGCUGGAGCAGCAAUACCAGUACCGGUACCAAAUAACUUGAUCGAAAUUGAUGCACAAGUCAUGAGCAUGUAUCGGCAGCACAUUAUAGCGUUGGAACAGAAUUAUCGAUUGUUACUACAGGAAAACCAACAUCUGACGACAACAAUGCUGAUGGAUAAGUUUCAAAUUCCACACAACCUUAACAGUUAUGCCGAUAGAGGACUACUUGUUGACGAUGUCGGACACGGCACCGCUUUGGAGAAAAUGCUUCGAAUCUUUGAUCAAAAGAUUUCAAUGUGCAUACUGAAAGAUGUAACUCGAAUCAAUUUCACAACUUCCAUAUUCUCAGCUGGAAUAUUCGACAGUAAAGGUGGCAACCUAACUAUUGCCGAUGCUGGAGUUAAUCUAUUCAUUCCACCAGGAGCAAUUCCACCUAGAACCAACAAAGAAAUUUAUAUCUACUUAGAUCAAAACACACACUUGAAGCUUGAAAAGAAAAAUGAGACACGAAUCUCCCCCAUUGUUCAUUGUGGGCCACCGGGAACAUCGUUUAAGGUGCCAUUCGUUCUCUCGUUUCCACAUUGUGCUGAGGAUGAAGAGCAAUGGACAUUUUCAGGGAUGAUAAAAAAUUCCAGCGACCCGGGUGACCACUGGCAGAAUAUUAGUGAUGAUUGUGAUGGAAUAUGCUUAGUACAAGGAGGUCACUGUUUCAUUAUGGUCGAUCAUUUUACUAAAUUUGCAUUAAAAGGAGCCACGCGGGGCCAAGAGGUUUCUAAACUCAUACAUUUUUGUACAUUCGGCAAGAGUUACGACAGAAGUAACUCAUAUUGUUUUAACGUUCGUGCCUGGAAUCCUCAUGAUAAAGCUGUUGUACUGGAAGAACAGCGCAAACUUCAUGAAGCGUGUUUAGAUUCGAUUAAAACAUUGAGCGUACAAAACACUGGUAAAGACGUAAAAGUGUACUUGAAAAACCUGAAAGAAGGAUGGAUAUCGGAAUAUGAAAAGGAAAUGAAAAUAAGUUAUGAAGAAUUAUGGAGCGAACCAGAAGAUGGUAGCACACCACCAUCUUGUCGAUUUCGUCUCAAAACCAAAGAUUCUCAACAGAGUGAUUCUGUGUACUGUAGAGUGAAAAGCAAACAAGACGGUCGAAAAAAAGAAAUAGCUCUCGAAGUAAGACCCGAUACUUCGACAACACAACAGAAUAUGGACACGAUGGCAAUGGAAAGUAUACACCCAAUAGGAAUUGAAGUUGACUUAUUAGCAUGCAGAAGAAUAUAUGGUCCAAUGGAUAGUUACGAUCUCCCUGAGGACGUCUGCUACAAACUUUGCAUAGAACUUGACAGCAAAGAAGCUAAUCUUCGUGACUGGAGGGGUUUAGCUGAACAGCUCCAUUUGGAUAGCAGAGUAAUUGAAAACAUUGACAGAACUAUGAAAUGUCCAACCAGCUGUCUGUUAAAUAUUCUCAGUAUCAUUUCAGCCCCUGGAGAGUUUUGCAAGAACCUCGGCGAGAAGCUAAAAGCAGCAAAACUAGAAUUAGCCUAUGCAAAAAUUAAGCCAUAUAUAAAAUCGCAAUAA